GUGAUAAAAAUCGAAGUUAAACAGGUCGGGAAGCUGCAUUUUUACGUAUUUUCUAUUUUUUUUUAAAUUUAAUUUUAUUGCUUAAUAAAUAUUAAUAAUUAGAUUGAAAAAGAGUAUCAACAAGUCGAAAGUGCAAUUUAAGAAUCCUUGAAGAAGAUACAGAUAAAGACACAAAAUAGAGCCGAAAAAGAAUAAACUGCUAAAAUGUCUGAAAUAACUUCAUCUAAAGAACGAAAUAUAUAUGCGAAGCUUGAAGCAAUAAAACAAAUUCGAAAUAAAACUAUUCAGUUAGAAAAAUUGAAAUCACGAAUUGUUCGUGAAGUGAAGCUGGGAGACGAGGAAGAAAAAUGUCUAGUGGAAUACAGAAAAGAAAUGGAACAACUUUUGCAAGAAAAAAUGAGUCAUGUUGAAGAGUUACGUCUUAUACAUGCCGAUAUUAAUGAAAUGGAAGCAGUAAUUAAAAAAGCUGAAGAAAAUAAACUUCGAUCUAUGAAUUUGGCCAAUCGAAUCCAUGACGAAUAUUUACCCUUAAAAGGUGAAAUUGAUCAAAUGCGUAGGGAAUACUUAGGGUUAAGCCCACUAAGAGACUUACAUGAAGAAGAGGGAACAGCGAUUACUAAGGAUCGUUUUAAAACGUCAACUGCUUAUUUUAACGCUAAAACCCAACAAAGCACAACACCAUAUGUACCGCAAGCAAGACAUGUUGCGGCAGCGUCCGCAGCUGCUGUUUCACUGCUUCAACCUGAAGCAACCGUAACAACAUUGCAGCCUUCAUCAACUUCGCAUGCGUUUAUGCCACCUCCCAGACCUGUUGGACCAUUACGUAUAAAUAAAGAUAUGGGAGGAACAAAUCGUGUUCCACAAAAUCCAAGUAUAAGUAUGGGACAUUCAACGUUCAGAUCAGAUUUUAAUGUUGGUUUGAGACAACAGCCGCCUCCAAUGAAAUCUUGCCUGUCAUGUCAUCAACAAAUUCAUCGUAAUGCACCUAUUUGUCCAUUAUGCAAGGCAAAAAGUCGAUCCAGAAAUCCUAAAAAACCAAAAAAAAAAGAUCAUUGAACAGGUCAAUUAUCUAAAAGUUUAUUAAUAAUAUUUUAAUAUACAUACAUACAUACAUAUAUUUUUGAUUCAUUUUCUUUUAUUGAUUUUUUCAAAAUUCGAAUGAAAAUUUGUAUAAAUUUAAUACUAUUUUAUUGAUUUUUAUUUGUGAAAGGUAUUGAAGUAUGUAAUUAACCCUUUUUAAUAAUUUUUUUUAUUGAAUAGAAAGCUACUACCGGAUGGAAAAUUCUGUUUUAAAAAAUUAAUUAUUAGAAAAAUCCUAAUUUGUUUCCAGAAGUAAAAAAAAUUGUAAAAGUAAAAAAAUCAAAUACGUGCUUCGCUGUAUUUUGAUGACCUAUGCUAUAUUUGAAGGCAAAUUAAUAUUAAUGUAUAAUAAAUGUGUUGUUAUCUUACACAUAAAAUAAGCAGAUUACAAGCUACAUAUGCAUACAUAUGUGUAGGACAAAAACUCAAAUCCUUCACCAAAAGGAUUUGAGUCGCAAAUAUGUAUAUAUGUGUUCGUGAAGCAAUUAUAUUCGUAUAUAGUACAUAUAUUCAUUGAUACAUGCAUGCAUAUACUGGACAACACAUUCUAACGGCAAUUCUCUGUAAAUAAGAAUCUUUUAAGUAAAUAAGAAUGCACGGUUCUUUUGGAAGUGAAUUCAAUUGGAAUUCAGCUAAUGUUAGUUUUUAUUUUUAAAAAACGUUAAUUUUAAGUUUACAUCUUCAAAAACGUUAGCCAUGUAACAAACAAUGCAGUUUCCUGUAAACUAAGUUAUAAUUUGGUACAUAUUCACAUGUACACAUAUCAAACAUAUUUCUACUUGUGGUUUGUGAACUCUGAAUAAAAACAUAGUAUGUAAUCCAAAAUUCAGUUUUUAUUUUUAAAAAACGUUAAUUUUAAGUUUACAUCUUCAAAAAACGUUAGUCAUGUAACAAAUAAUACAGUUUCUUUUAAUUUUAAUAUAUCUAACAUCACUGUAAACUAAGUUAUAAUUUGGUACAUAUUCCACAUGCACACAUAACAAACAUAUUUCUACUAGUAAGUUUGUAAAUUUUGAAUAAGAACAUAGUAUGUCAUCCAAAAUUUGUUUUGUUUUUCACUUAAAAUAAAAUAAAAUACAAUUAAAUUACAGGGUUGAAAAACUUAUCAAAAGUUUGUAGAAACAAUGCCUACAUUAUGUGCUUGACUGCAUUCGAAAUUAGAAAGAUUUUUUCCUUUCAAAGAGAAAUUUACUUGGCAGACAAAUAAUUUGCGUUUCAUAAAAAAAAUUUUAUGCACAUUUGUUGUAUGUAAAUUUAUUUAAAUAGCACUCUAAUAAAACCAUCUAUUUUAUCUUACCAAAAUAAAUAAACAUACUUUAUUUGAAAGAUGAGAAAUGGUGUGAUAAAACGAAGUAGAGUUUAGUUUACAGAGAGACUUGAAAAAUUUAUGAUUUUUUUUAUGAAUGAAAGCUAAAAAAAUUGAGUUGAUUCCAGAUCAUAUGACAAAACCAUAAACGAAAACCAUACAAAAUAAAAAAAAUAAAAACAAAAGUUGAAACUGGCAGUGAAUGCGA